AUGUUGCUGACCCUUGGCUCAGCCCUGGUGGCCAACGGCUUCCUGGCCCUGGACGUGGCCGCCAACCGACUGUGGGUGACCCCCGGGGAGCGGGAGCCCGCCGUGGCGCCGGACUUCGUGCCCUUCGUGCAGCUACGCCCGUUGAGCGCGCUGGCCGAGGCUGGAGAGGCGGUGCUGCUGCUGCGGGAGGGGCUGCUGCGCCGAGUACGGUGCCUGCAGCUCGGGGCCCCGGGGUCCGGCCCUGCGGCCGCCGUCCCCGGGCCCGCCUCGGCCUCCGGCCUUGUCGCGGGGUCCGGCCGUGACUGUGUGCUGCUGCAGGAGGACUUUCUGGCGCACCGGGGCCGACCCCACGUCUACCUGCAGCGCAUCCAACUCAACAACCCCACGGAGCGCGUGGCCGCGCUGCAGACUGUAGGGCCCACCGCAGGCCCGCUCCCCAAGGCUUUCACUAGCACCCUGGAGAAGGUCGGAGACCAUCAGUUCCUCCUCUACUCAGGCCGGUCCCCGCCUAUUCCCACAGGGCAGGUGCACCUGGUGGUGGUGGCUGCCAAGAAGCUAGUGAACCGGCUCCAAGUGGCUCCCAAGACGCAGCUGGACGAGACGGUGCUGUGGGUGGUGCAUGUCUCGGGGCCCAUAAACCCCCAGGUGCUCAAAAGCAAAGCAGCCAAGGAGCUCAAGACGCUCCAGGACUUGGCACGGAAGGAGAUGUUGGAGCUCUUGGAGAUGCCGGCCACAGAGCUGCUCCAGGACCACGAGCAACUCUGGGCUCAGCUCUUCAGCCCAGGGGUGGAAAUGAAGAAGAUCACGGAUGCCCACACUCCCUCUGGCCUGACAGUGAACCUGACACUCUACUACAUGCUCUCCUGCUCGCCAGCCCCACUGCUCAGCCCCUCCCUUAGCCACAGGGAGCGAGACCAGAUGGAGGCAACACUCAGCUACGAAGAUCACUGCUUCAGUGGCCACGCCACCAUGCACGCCGAGAACCUGUGGCCAGGGCGGCUGGCCUCCAUCCAGCAGAUCCUGCAGCUCUCUGACCUUUGGAGGCUGACCCUUCAGAAGCGCGGCUGCAAGGGGCUGGUGAGGGCGGGCGCCCCAGGCAUCCUGCAGGGCAUGGUGCUCAGCUUCGGGGGUCUGCAGUUCACAGAGAACCACCUCCAGUUCCAGGCUGACCCCGACGUGCUGCACAACAGCUACGCGCUGCGCGGCAUCCGCUACAAGAACGACCACAUCAACCUGGCUGUGCUGGCGGACGCCGAGGGCAAGCCCUGCUUGCACGUGUCCGUAGAGCCCCAUGGCCAGCCUGCCAAGGUCUACGCCUGCGAAGCGGGCUGCCUGCAGGACCCCGUGGAGCUGACCUCGGCUCCCGGGGGCCACACCUUCUCAGUCAUGGUCACCCAGCCCAUCACGCCGCUGCUGUACAUCUCCACCGACCUCACACACCUGCAGGACCUGCGGCACACACUGCACCUCAAGGCCAUUCUGGCCCACGAUGAGCACAUGGCCCAGCAGGACCCCGGGCUGCCCUUCCUCUUCUGGUUCAGCGUGGCCUCUCUCAUCACCCUCUUCCACCUCUUCCUCUUCAAGCUCAUCUACAACGAGUACUGUGGGCCCGGAGCCAAGCCCCUCUUCAGGAGUAAGGAAGAUCCCAGUGUCUGAGUGAGCCAACAGCCCCGCUCUCAGCCACCCUGCGCACAAGACGCCUGGUGCGGACGGUCUGCUGCUGAGAGCGAGGCAGCCCUGGGAAGCACCCGCCCUUUGUGCCUUGUUGGGGGAAGCCAGUGAUGCAGAGCGAGUGUGGAUGCUCAGAGCUUGGUCAGAAGGAUGGACGUCACGUGGGGGAGGGGCCAUGGACUUUUGUAAGCUUUCGACUCAAUAAAAUGAACCUCUGUGGCAAGUACUUGAAAUUGAGCUCACUCCUUCCACUUCCCCCUUUCUUCUGUCCCAGGAAAUAGACCCUCUUUGGAAGAGACGCUUCCUCAUUUAAGGUGUUCUUCUUGAAUGAACUUUAAUUUAUUUUUGUUGAGAUUUUGCUGGGUGGCUUUUGCAUCCCCUGCAGAUAGUGAGUCUCGGCAGUGAUGUCCUGUCUCAGCCUGUGGAGGCCUUGCGGUCCCGAGGCUGGGCCUGGAUCCCAGGUGGCUGCUCUGCCCAUGGAGGGUCGUGGGUCGCUUUGUCACACUUGGGUUUGCAUGUCAUCUCUUAUCAUGAGCCUGUGGGGAUCCGUGGUUUUGUACUUUGGGACUUCGGGGAGGUGUUUAACUUUCUAGUGGUUGAUGAUUGUUGGGUUUUAAAAUACCAAAGUUUUUUUGUUCUGUUUUUAAAUAAAUAUCUUUCAAACUUCCA